AUGGAACACAUGUGCCGCCGAGACUUUUCCCAGACGGUGGUGGUCGAGGAGGACCAGGACGCGGCCCUGGAGGACCAGGUGGUCUUGGAGGACUUGGUGGUCUUGGAGGACCAGGUGGUCUUGGAGGACUUGGUGGUCUUGGAGGACUUGGUGGUCUUGGAGGACUUGGUGGUUUUGGAGGACCUGGUGGUCCUGGAGGACUUGGUGGCCCCGGAGGACCAGGUGGCCCUGGAGGACCAGGUGGCCCAGGAGGACCAGGUCGCGGACCAGGUGGACCAGGUGGCCCAGGAGGACCAGGACGCGGACCAGGUGGACCAGGUGGACCGCCAUGCAACCAAACCACAAGCACGACAACAGAGGCCUCCACAAGCACUUCCAGCACCACAGCUUCCUCCACAACGGCGUCCUCCACCACAGCUUCCUCCACUACGGUGUCCUCCACCACAGAGUCCUCUACGGAAUCCACGGAAUCUACCACCGCCACCACCGCAGCAUAAUUCGCUUGACAUGUUCCCGUUCGAGUUUUGCCUAAUUGGUUUGGUCAGAAAUGAGUGUAUAUAUUAAAAAGCGAAUCUGUGCAUAUGAAAAA